AUGACAAGGACACACAUUAAGCCUGAGACAUUAAGUUCCCAGCAAGGAUCACUUGCGAGUGCCACUCAACUGCCACCCACAAUUUUUUCUGAAGUAUUGAAGAGGACCUCCGGCAGUUCAUGUGCACCUCCCCCUCCUAGCAGCAAAGCAGAUGAUACUGAAGAUCUUGUUGGAGCUUUUGGAGAUGAGGACUUGGAUAAAACACUUGAACGGGAGGUAGUGGCACUUAUGUUGAAGAGUCAGGGUAAACAACCAGUGAUGUCUACCAUUAGUAUUUUAUCUACUAGCACCGAUCCUGACUUUGAACCACCACCAAGCACUCAACCCUGCUUGAAGAAUCGCACCUUGAUGCCACCACCCAGCACUCCACCUGGCCUGAAGAAUCAGGAUUUGAUGCCACCACCUUCGAUGCAACCCCAAGCCAUAUCCAACACAAAGAGGAAGAAGCUCGCUGAGGUCAUCAAGUUCUCUGAGAGUGAGAUCUCUGAGUUUCCAAACACAGAUGAUGACCUUAUGGAGGUUGAUGGCCCAAAUGAUGAAUCAGAUGCUGAUAUCAAGCCUGAGCCAGUGGGUCAGAAUACUCAAGUUAGAUGCACUACAGCUUCUGUAUCUCCCUCCGUUAUUUUCUUUGUUUUUUCACUACUGACUUCAGUCACUACCACCACUCACAAGACUCCUCUUCCUCCCUCAAAGAAGGUGAAGCUCAAGAAAAAUGCCAAACUCGAGGGCAACAUUAAAUCUGAGGGAACAUUGACUGCAUUGCCUGGCACCUGGGUAGAAUCAGUAUCAAAGGUGCGUUUGUCAUAUUUGAACACAGACCUCCUGCCAGGCUGUCAUGAGGAUGGAAAAUGGGCUCAAGUCUUUUUACUGACAGUCUUUCUGUGGCUCAGCGCACAAGAGGAACUCUGGGUUAUCGCUGAUGCUAAGUUGCUCAUGGCAUGCAAAGAAAUUUUCAAGGUUGUCUAUCUAGAUAUUCGCUACAAUGUCACUACAUCUGGGUCCGUUUUUGGUGUUGUCACACAAUGUGUUGGCGAAUGGCGUAGCAACUUCAGGUCUACAGCACUUGUCAUCGCAAUUGAUUUUUGUGCCUCCAAUCAAGACUCAAUGCCAGCAGAACUUGCAGAACUCCUUCUUGUGCACUAUGUGUUCUUAUACCCUAACCCUGACAACAUCGACAAGUCAGCAACCUUCCACUCUCUUGAAUGUGCUUUCUCUCUUCUUGCUGAUAAUACUGUCACUAUCGACCAUGAGGAUAACUCAGGGCUGCCAAUCACUGCAUGGAGAGCUUGUCUCAAGACGUUGAAGACCUUCAACAAAGCUAUGGGCAAGGAGACGGUCUCAGAGCAUGCAUUUCCAAUUGCUAAGUGGAAAUCCAAGACUGAUGCAUUUAUACAUGGGGCGGCUAAGAAGGGGGAGGCAUCAACAGAGCUCACUGUCUCAAUGGCAUGGAAGCUUCUGAAGAAGCCCACAUCAGCAAAACCAAAAUGGGCCGAGCCACAGCAUGUGCUUCAGAUGUGUCAUGCUGUGCAGUUCGGCACAGCUACUGCCGGAUCGUACAACCCUGCACAACACUGUAGCGCUGUGUGA